AAUAGUCAAUUACAGUUAACAUGACACUUGAACAGAUUCGUGAGAAACUAUUAAAAAGUUUUAUGAUUGAUAGUGCACGUGGAAUUGAAAAUUUUCCUUCUACCAUUUCAUUGUUUCAAGAAUUGAAUUAUUAAAAUGUUAUUUNAAACAUCAAUCAAAAAAAAUUGAAAACGGCAGCAUAAUUAUGCUUGUCAAGAAGUGAAGGCUAAUCAGAUAGCUAAAGAUGAUAAAGAACAAAAACCUUAUACAAAAGUCAGUAAAUGUUGUAGAUGAUUCGAUCUUUCCAAUAAAACUUUAUUGAAUGCAUCAUCAAUUUUAAAUAGAUAGUUCGAAAGAAGUUUGUCAGAUACCAAAUAGUCAAUUACAGUUAACAUGACACUUGAACAGUUUCGUGAGAAACUAUCAAAAAGUUUUACACGUAAUUGCACGUGAAACUGAAAAUUUUCCUUCUACCAUUUCAUUGUUUCAAGAAUUGACUUAUUAAAAUGUUAUUUAAAACAUUAAGAAAUGUCAUACUUGGCUAAUUUGUUUCAUUUCAUCGAAUUUCCAUCAGUUGUCUUCAACACAAAGUCCAGAAAAAAGUUCAGGGAAUUUUUGAACAUUAAUUCGAUAUUUUAUUAUCACAAACAUUCUUUGUCUCGAAUCAAGAUAAUGAUUGAAGUGAAAUUACCAAACAACUGUCAAUUGUUAUCAUUUUAUUAUUCUUUUUCUUCCCUCAUGUUUUCGGAUUCUUUGAUAAUGUGUUUAAAAUUGUUUUUGUCACUCUAAAAUAUUUUGCUGAUAGCUUUUAAGGAAGAGUAUAUAAAGCAGCCAUCAGCAAUACCGUCACUAUAACGAAACAAAUCACGGUAAUCGACAAACCAUGAACACUUUCGUGGUUAUUCUUGCCUGCUUAACAGCAGUUACAUUAGCCAGCCCAGUUGACGAUGUGAUUGUAGAAUUUCUCGCCAAUGGAGAGAUGAGAUGCAGAACUAACUGCAAUCGUAAUCGCAACCGUAACAAUCCUAUCAGUCCAUGGAACGAUUGUCCACCAACCAACUGCCCACCACCAUUCCGUCCUCCAAACUGCGGUGCUCCAGACUGCUCAAUAAUUGCAAACAGAGUUCGUGGAGUUCAUUUUGAUCAUCCCAGUGAUCCAAAUCGAUUCAUUGUCUGUGCACCACUUGAUGCCGUUACAUGGGCACCAAAGGAACAAUGGUGUGGCUGUGGAACAUUGUUCAGCUCCCUUUCAGACCCUGCAAGAUGUGUUCACCCAUGGGAAUGGAGACAAGUUUGCACUUCCCAACCAAUGGAUCCGAUUUUAAGCGACGAAAAUUGCGGUGCAGAUUGUCCAGAUUGCGAAAAUGGAAGUACUCCAGGUGAUCCAAUACCAUCAACAACAACUACAACUCGUCUACCUGACAACUGCCCAUGCCCAUGCGUACCAUGCGUCUGGUGGCCAUGUCAACCAUGCCAAAGUAACUGCGCUUGCAACAAUCAACAACAACCAAUUCAACAACCAAGACCACCAAUGAGACCCAACAACCCAUGGGAACAGCCAAUUCAACAGCCAAGACCACCAAUGAGACCUAACAAUCCAUGGGAACAGCAACCAGUUGACCCAGUAUGGCCUAACCAUCCAUGGGACCAGACACCAAACAACCCAUGGAAUCAAGAACCUUGGCGCCGAAUGGAUGCCGAAGAAGAAAAGGAAGAAUAAUUUUCGCAAAUUCCAAAUAGCAUAAAGUUUCUAUAAAUACUUUUAUUCAAUGAAAUUAUUGACUAUUUUAAACUGAAGCAGAAAAUCUAAAAAAUGUAUUUAAUAUCUAUGCAAAUAUAAAGUAAGCAAGCAAGUU